AGUGAGCUACACUGAUAUAGGGGAGGGAGCAAUGGCUAUUUAAAGAGGGUAAAAUAACACGAGAUCUUUAGUGCUGAGUAACAGCCUCCAAACAAACAUCACAGGACCAACCAUCUGUAUCACUGUUUAAAGAGGCAGGAUUUGACACUGUACCCACGGACACGGUUUGAACCACUGACGAAUCCACAGGCAGCGGCGCCAAAACGGUCUUCAGAGGAGAAAAUGGGCAAAGAUUAUUACAAAAUUUUGGGAAUUGCGAAAGGGGCAUCGGACGACGAUAUCAAAAAGGCGUACAGAAAACAGGCUCUGAAAUGGCAUCCUGACAAAAACAAGGCGGCCAGUGCGGAGGAGAAAUUCAAGGAGGUCGCGGAGGCUUAUGAAGUUCUUAGUGAUCCAAAGAAACGAGAAAUAUAUGACCAAUAUGGUGAAGAAGGGCUUAAAGGAGGUGGAGGAUCGUCAGAUGGGCCAGGAGGCAACUUCACCUAUACCUUCCAUGGAGAUCCUCAUGCGACGUUUGCCACAUUUUUCGGGGGCGCCAAUCCUUUCGAGAUAUUUUUCGGCAGAAAAGUCAAUGGACGAGAGGACGAUGACAUGGAGGUGGACGGAAGUGACCCCUUCGGUCCUUUUACGAGUUUUAACAUCAAUGGAUUUCCACGCGAAAGGCACAUUGGUCAGGGUGGCCCGCCGCGCAGAAAACAAGACCCCGCGAUCCACCACGAGCUCCGGGUGUCUUUGGAGGAGGUCUUUCAUGGGUGCACCAAGCGCAUGAAGAUCUCACGGAAGCGCUUGAAUCCGGACGGUCGGACCCUGAGAACCGAGGACAAAAUCCUCACUAUUGAGAUAAAGCGUGGCUGGAAAGAGGGAACUAAAAUCACGUUCCCACGCGAAGGUGACGAAACGCCCACCACGAUUCCCGCUGAUAUUGUGUUUGUCAUCAAGGACAAACCUCACGCCCACUUCAGACGAGAGGGCUCUGAUAUCGUGUACCCGGUUCGGGUCACUUUGCGCCAGUCAUUGUGUGGCUGCUCUGUCACCGUGUCGACAAUAGAUGGUAAAACGUGCAAUAUGAAGAUAACUGAUGUCAUCAAACCCGGCAUGAGGAAGAUAAUUGCUGGACAAGGACUGCCAUUCCCAAAGAACCCAGAACAAAGAGGGGACCUUAUUGUGGAGUUUGAUGUGAACUUUCCUGACAGUCUGCCAUCCAAUGCCAAGGACGUCCUGAAACGGCACUUACCAACCUCAUAAAUUGAGGUUGGACAGACUCUAUAUGACUCUAGAGGAACAAUAUAGUCCCCUGUUUAGGUGGACUAUGGUGACAUAUCAAUUUUGAAAAUGUGCAAUUUCUAUUUUUUAUCUGAUUGUUUAUUCUGUAUACAGUGUCUAGAUACAUACAGUAUAUGUCUAAUACAUAUUCGUAUGCUAGAUUAAUUACAUUGCAUGCCUGUGUACAGUGACAGUGCAAGCUUAAAGUGCCAUGUAUGUGUCUGAAAAUAUAUUUUCGGCUUUUUUCCCCCUUUCAUUUCACUUGUGCAGUAUGAACAAGAAACACUCAAUUGUACUUUAUGAAACUUUAUACAUUAUCAGUAUUAUGCAGAGUAAAUUAUAAAUAUUUAUUUGUUUGCCUUUUUCAUGUAGACUAAGUUGCUUAGUACUGUUACAUAUCCUGUACUGUUACUCGUUUUAAGGAACAUGAUGACUUGCUAAGUGCAAUGAAGAACUAUGGUUAAAGGACAAUGGAAACCUGCCUUUAUUCAUGGUACUAAACUUUUAGCUAGACUCAGAUGCCAUUUUCAGGUCUGAUAUGUCAGAUCCAAGUGCGAGCUAUUGUUUUGUUCACAUGUGUAGCUGUUUUUGACAUACCAAAAAAUUACACUGAAGUGGUUACUUGUGCUCUGGACUCACAAUACCACAUUUAUUAAUGGAAAAAUUAUGGAAAGUUGCAGUCUUUGCAUAAUUAUAAUUAUUUUACCUUAUAUUUGAAGUCUUUUGGCUAUUUUUUUCUAACAUUGUUUUGUGUUUCUGGAUAAAAUCAGUAUGAUACAAUGAAAAUAAAAUCGGACGAGGUGCACAA